UGGUCUGGACAGUAGUAGCAGUUUCCAGUGCAUCAACUUGCUCAAGACUUUAGCACAAGGAGGCCGCACUAUCAUAUGCACCAUCCAUCAGCCUUCUGCUAAGCUGUUUGAAAAAUUUGACUACCUCUACGCACUAGCAGAGGGACAGUGCAUCUACCGUGGAGCUAUCCAUGGGCUCAUUCCAUUUCUGUCAGCAAUGGGCUUAGAGUGCCCCUCUUACCACAAUCCUGCUGAUUUCUUAAUGGAAGUUGCAAGUGGAGAGUAUGGCGAGUUUACCUAUAAGCUCACCACUGCAGUGAGGUGUGGGAAAUGCGACAAUCUUGGUCCAGACAACCACCUUGCGGUGAGAGCCAAGCAGCAAAUUAUUGUAGCUCUAGACGAUGAUGAGCACAGAGAGUCUGGGGGGGGUAGCAGUCCACUUGGAGUAACUAAGGGGGAUGCGAUGGUCAACAUGCCCCCAGCUCGGCACUCUCUUCUUGCUUCUGAAGAUGAGAGUAUUGAUGAUAUUCCUAAUUCCUUUCCCACAUCUGGCUGGAAGCAGUUUGUCAUUCUGUUCAAGAGAACUUUCCUCUCUAUUAUCAGAGAUGGGGUAAGUGGGUUAAGUUUUCCUGGCUCUUAAUAUGGCCUAGGGUAA